AUGAAGAAAGGAAUAACCAACAAAACCAAUAAUAAUAAUAAUCAUAAUAGUAGUAAUAGUAAUAACAGUAAUAGUAGUAGUAGUAGUAAUAAUAACAAGAGUAACUAUCAACAAGAGUUGAAUACUUUUAUUGAAAAGACAAGUCAAGAGUAUUUCACAACACCUAUAAGAGCAACACUUUACAACAAGGAUAAAGAUUACUCUGGCUCUCCAUUCCCAUCCAACGAACAAAUAGCAUCGAGUAGCAAGACAUUGACGACAACUUUGAAGUCAUCGACAACUGUAUUCAAUCAAAAGUUUCCUCCUCCCCCUGCGCUACCAAUCAAACAAGCUACAACAAAGAAUACUACUGCCUAUUCAGCUUCAUCAACAUUUACAUCUUUAACAUCUUCGUCGUCGUCAUCGACUACCGCUGCAGCCAAGUCAUCCUCAUUCAACAACAAUAGCAACCACAGUAACAAUCAAUCUUUUAACAAAAACAACAAUACUUUCAAAGCACCGGUAUCUGCACAAAAAACACCAGUACCUGCUCAAACAGCAACUUCAUCAAACAAACACAACAACAACAAGAAUAAUACCAUGGCUUUUAGUUCUGAUGAAGAUGCACAUGUUUAUCAUGACGACGAUCCUUUUGGAUCCGAUUUACCCUUUUCCGAUACUUUUGAUGAUGACAACCAUAAUAGAAACAAUAACAAUAACAACAAUAACAAGACAUAUAGCUUUGACAAAGAUGAUUCAAACAAAAAAACAAACAACAACAAUUAUAGUAACAAUGGACAAACCAAUGGUUAUAAAUCCUCAUCUUCACCUCGAAUAUCCUCAAACUCUUCUUCAAGUAUCGAUCAAUUGUCAUUACUUAAAGUCAAGUUUUACGAUCUAAAAGAAAAGAAAUGGACACUAAAGAAAGAGAAGCCAGCAACAAGUCAAGCAAAGUUAAAGUGGCUUGAUGAAUUGGAUGAUAUUAAAAAGGAAAUGAAAUCUUUGAGGAAUCAAAUAGAAGAAUCUCAAAAUAAUAAUAAUAAUAUCUCAACAACCCAUGUAAAUAGUAAUUAUACAAAUAACCGAUCAUUUAAUAAUAGUACCAACUAUAACAACAAUAAUAGCGCCAACUAUAAUAAUAAUAAUAAUAACGGUAGCUACAACAACAACAAUAAUAAUAAUAAUAAUAGUUAUAACAAUUUCAAUGAUAACAAGUCAUCAUCUUAUCAAACCAACAAGAAUAAUAAUAGUAGUAGUCAGACAACUUAUAAUAGUAAUAAUAAUUUUAAAAAAGAAAAAGAAGAUAAUGACAAUGAUUAUUUUAAUGAUAAUACAAAUCAUAACGACAGAUUCCAUGAUGAUGAUAUAUUUGGAGGUCAUGAUGAUGUAGUCAUGCCAACACCCAUUAAAGUUACCUCCCCUGUAAAUAAUAUUAAUAGUCCAAAAACAAAUUCAAGUUUUGUUUCAAAUUCGCCUCCAUCUACCUCUUAUAUGGAUGACGACGAUCCAUUUGGCGAUGGUGGAUUUACAAGUACAACCACAACAACAACCAACAACAAUAACAACUCUAAAAAUCAAAAUCAUGAUGUUAUCGAUAUUGAUGAAUUUGAUUUUGAUUUGGAUGAUGACUAUUCCAACAACAAUAACAACAAUAAUAAUAAUAUGCCAUACAACUUGGAUGAUGAAGAUUAUAAUUAUGGUGAUGUUGGUGUAGAUAUUCGAUCAUCUUCUUCAACACCAUCUUCAAGGUUUAAUGGUUACAAGGGUGAUAAUUCACCGGCGGUACUAAUACCGGUUCCAAUACAAGAAACUGACAACUCCAAAUUCUCCGCAAAGUUUCCAUGGACCGACGAAGCUCGUCGAAUCAAUUCAGAACUUUUUGGUAAUGCAUCAUUUAGACAUAAUCAAUUGGAGAUUAUCAAUGCUGCAAUGGAUGGAAAUGAUGUAUUUGUUUUAAUGCCAACUGGUGGUGGUAAAAGUCUUUGUUAUCAAAUUCCAGCAUAUAUGAACCAAGGAUUAACAGUUAUUAUAUCACCAUUGAUUUCACUUAUUCAAGAUCAAGUAACCUUUUUAAAAGGUAUGGGUUAUAUGGCUAGAUCUCUAACAAGUGCAACAGAUGCAGAUGAAAAAAGAGAGAUCUAUGCAGACAUCAAAUCUACAGAUCCACAAACCAAACUUUUAUAUCUUACACCCGAAAGAAUUGUUCAAGAUCAAGGAAUGAUGGGUAUUUUCUCAAAUUUGUAUUCUAGACAAAUGUUUGCAAGAGUGAUUAUUGAUGAGGCACAUUGUGUAUCUCAAUGGGGUCAUGAUUUCAGACCAGACUACAAGGAGCUAUCUGUACUCAAAUCCAACUUCCCACGUCUACCUAUUCUCGCUCUUACAGCAACUGCAACCGAGCGUGUAAAGGCUGAUGUCAUUGCUAACCUUGGUAUGAGAAGCUCUGUAUGUUUUAAACAAAGUUUCAAUAGACCAAAUCUUACAUUUGCAGUGAUGAAGAAAACAAAAGAAGUCAUUGAAAGUAUUGCUAGUUUUAUCAAGAAAACUUAUCCGAAAAGCUCUGGUAUUGUUUAUUGUCUAAGAUUAUCAAGUGAUUUUUAUCAUGGAUCAAUGGAUGCUGGUGAUAGACAAAGAGUUCAAGAAAGAUGGACAAGAGAUCGUGUUAAAAUUAUUUGUAGUACCAUUGCCUUUGGUAUGGGUAUCAACAAACCUGAUGUUAGAUUUGUUAUCCAUCAUUCUCUUCCAAAAACACUUGAAGGUUACUAUCAGGAAAGUGGUCGUGCCGGUAGAGAUGGAAAACCUUCUCAUUGUUUACUGUACUAUGCCUACAAGGAUAAAUUUAGAUAUGAACUUUUGAUGCAAGAAAGUAAUACUCCAAAAGAAAACAAAGAAAAUCUUGGUAGAGUUGUUGCUUAUUGUGAAAAUAGUAUAGAUUGUAGAAGAAAAUUACAAUUAUCUUAUUUGGGAGAAGAUUUUAAUCCAAAGAAUUGUUUAAAAACAUGUGAUAAUUGUAUGAGUAGCUCUGCAGUCAGUUUGACCAACGUUACAGAUGAUGCCAUUAAUUUGGCAAAGAUUGUUAUGGCUGUCAAACAAGAAAGUCUUACAAUGGUUUUGGAUAUUUUCAAGGGAUCUAGAAGAAAAGAGCUAUUGACCAAGAACUACCAGGAUAUUGAAGGUCAUGGUUCUGGUAAGAAAAUCGAUAAAGAAACUGCUGAUAGACUUUUACGUGAAUUGAUUGUCAGAGGUGUUCUAAGAGAGAUUGUGACUAGAAAUCCAAAGUAUGGUUCAUCAAUUGUUCAUUAUGCUGUUGGUGCAAAAGUAAAUGAAUUAUUAAGAGGUUCAAUGACUAUAAACUUACAGUUUAGAGCAGAAAGAUCAAUUGACUUUGAGACUACUGCAAAGAAACAACAAGCCAAUGCUGACAGCAAGUUUAGAAACUUCCUCCUCUCGGUUAGACAACACAUUGUCGAUCAAACGUCUGAUUUCCCAUACCAUAUUUUGUCAGAAGAUGGUCUUGAACAGUUGGUUACUGUCAAACCAUCGACUUUGGAGCAACUCAAACAAGUAAAUUUCUUUACACAAAGAAGAAUUGAAAGAUUGGGUAAAGCUUUUAUUAGUGCCAUUCAAGAUUACAAUCAAGGAAUUAUCAAAUCAACCGAGGAGAUGACCUAUUUCCCAAAACCUGUUGUUUUGGAUCUUACUUCAAAUACCGCUAUCAAACCAACUCCUGCUAGCAGUAGUUCUACUUCUACUACUUCUACUACCUCUACUACUGCUACUACUGGAGUCAAAUCAUCUUAUUAUUCCAAUUCUCAAGUAAAUAGUUCAUUUAAAAUAGUCAAUGUUAACAAUGUCGAUGCUGAUAGUGCCUCUGAAGAUGAUUUCUAUUCCCAAGAUGAUUCAAGCAAGUAUUCAACAGGCAAAAGAAAGUCAACGGAACCAGUUGUCACACCAAUAACAACUCCAUCAAAACCAAAGACUGUUUCGCUUAGUAUGAAAAAACAAAAACAAUAA